AUGGUGAAGAGAGAGUUCAAGACGGAUGAUGAAUUUUUGGGGAUUUUGGAGAAAGCAAAAGAAACGAAUGUAUUAGUUGUUGUGGAUUUUUAUCGAACUUCGUGUGGGAGCUGUCGGUAUAUAGAGCAAGGUUUUGUGAAACUAUGCAAAGGCGCUGGUGACCAAAAAGCUCCAGUUAUUUUUCUAAAACACAAUGUCCUUGAUGAAUAUGAUGAACAGUCUGAGGUUGCUGAAAGGCUUCGAAUUAGGACUGUUCCGCUUUUCCAUUUUUACAAAAAUGGGUUCUUGUUGGAAGCAUUCCCGACCAGAGAUAAAGAGCGAAUACUCGAAGCCAUCAUCAAGUACACAGCUCCUGCUUCUCAAGAAGUCGAUUCUGUUUUGUGA